UACGAUGUCCGUUUCUUCUUCCCUUUCACUAGAUCGCAAGAUAUACUCAUCAACGCGGUAGCUAAUCCUAUCCCGUUACUUGUAUUUACAAACUGUCCUGACCUCUUUUAAGGCGCAGAGGGCGUCAAAGUGCUGCAAAUCAAAAUAUCAGGCGAAUAGGGGGUUUUUUGGGUAGCAAUUUCGUUGACAUGUAGACCCUUAAUCAAAUAAACAGCUGAGUUAAUUGCAAAUAAAGUUGUUCCCCUAAACUCUGUGUUUGGGGAAACACCAAGAUCCAGAAUGCGUGUGGCAUUCAUUUUCCUGUGGGGUAGGGGAUAUGAUGCGAGUGCAGGAUUGCCCUACGGUCUAUGCAAGCUCUGAACAUGGCAAGGACUACGGUGAGGUCAGACCUUACAGAAACUUGCGAUCUCCAGGCUAGUUCGUCAACUGCGGGAGCGAUCGAGUAAAAUCCCCUCCGUUCUCUUGAGACCUGGUCCUGAGCUUGUUAAAGGAAAGCACGGCUGGUUAGAGCUCUCCUCGUCUCCCCGUUAUGCCCCUCGCACCGGGCUUCUCUAAUCUCCUCCAGAAAAGGUGACCCUUGAGGCAGGCAGUCCAGCAUGCAACUGAACGGACCCAUCGCGGCUCCCAACACCACAAUGCAACCUCCUGCUAAGGUUUGCCGAGCUCCGCCUAACUUUAGGAGGCCGCUGAUCUGCGUGUACUCCUGGGAGCUGCCGGCCGGCCGGUCUGCCGCACGAGUGCAGGGUGGAAGGCUCUUUUGCUGAUGUCUCCAGACGCAAAUCCUGUGUUGGAAGUGGCUGGGAGCUGCUGCUGAACUCCAAACAUGGGAGGCAAACUUAGCAAGAAGAAGAAGGGAUACAAUGUGAAUGAUGAAAAAGCUAAAGACAAGGACAAGAAGGCUGAGGGAGCAGCUACUGAGGAAGAGGAGACUCCAAAACAGAAUGAGGAUGCCCAGCAAACCACAGAGACCGCAGAAGUGAAGGAGAACAACAAGGAGGAGAAGGGUGAUAAAGAGUCCCAGGUUGCUGCCAAUAAGACAGAAGACAAAGAAGGGGAAAAAGAAAAAGCCGUGAGCCAGGAAGAAGUCCAGAAAUCUGAACCAGAGAAGCCAGAGGCCAUUGUUGAUGCAAAAGUGGAGCCACAGAAGAACAAUGAACAACUGGCACCUAAGCAAGAGGAACAGACUUCAGCCGCUGCUCCUGCUGCCAGUAGUGAAGCACCUAAAACUUCUGAGCCCAGCAAUGAUGCAAAAGUUUCCCAGCCUUCAGAAGCCACAGCUACUAGUAAAGCAGAUGACAAGAGCAAAGAGGAAGGGGAAGCCAAAAAGACUGAGGCUCCCACAACACCUGCAGCGCAAGAAACUAAAAGUGAUGUGGCCCCAGCUUCAGACUCAAAACCUAGCAGCAGCGAGGCUGCACCUUCUUCCAAGGAGACCCCGGCAGCAACAGAAGCACCUAGUUCUACUCCCAAGGCUUCAGCGCCUGCAGCCCCACCAGAGGAAGCGAAAUCUUCUGAAGUUCCAGCGACUAAUUCGGAUCAAACCAUAGCAGUGCAAGAUUAAAUUGGACAGCCUGUUGAAAUUAACCACUUAAAACAACCUGUGUCUUUUUUUUUUUAAUUUUUUCAGCUAUACUAACUUGUUUCAGAUCUGAAAUAACAAUAUGUAUUGCCCAGGGGGAAAAAAAAGGAUGUCCCAUCAAGUUGGGAGGGAGCAAGGGAGGGGGGGAAGAAUCCAAAUAGUAUUUUUGUGGGGAAAUAUCUAAUAUACUUUCUGCCAGGAUUUAAAAAUAAUAAUGAAAAAUAUGGAUGUCUGAAAGUACAGCACAUCUUUUGUAUCUGAACUGCUGUAAAUGCACUCCACCAAUGUAUCAAAAUAUUUUUUUCGUUUUGUAAUGGGGUUUGGGAGUGAUGCUUUUGAUUCUGCCCGCUAGGCUUGUGCCAAGGCAAUCAGAUCUUUAUGAAAGCAGUAUUUUCUGUGGGUGUUUUUUUUUUUAUUUACAGCCUUUCUUAUUUUGAUAUAUUUUUUAUGCAGUGGAUGAAUGCCAACUUUCAGACAAAACCCACUUAGCUGUCCACAUUUUUCUCAAGGCCAAUCCUCCAAUUCUUCUUCCUCUCCAAAUAUUUUUGGGAGUAAACAGCAUUCUCAUCCUACUUAGCCUACCUAGAUUUUUCAUGAAGAGUUAAUGCAUGUCUGUGGUUGGGUGCACCUGUAGUUCUGUUUAUUGGUCAGUGGAAAUGAAAAAGUCUGCGUUCAUUGCAGUUCCAGUUUCUCUUCCAUUCUGUGUCACAGACACCAACACACCACUCAUUGGAAAAUAAAUGAAAAAUAAAAUGUACAAUGGAUGCAUUGAAAUUAUAUGUAAUUGUAUAAAUGGUGCAACAGUAAUAAAAGUUAAAUAAUUUAAAAAAAAUAAAAGUGUAAAGAUUGAUAGUUUA